AGUACACAGUCGCGUCUCGGUCCUGAUCCAGUGGCGUUCCAGACUCACAGACGUCGGCUCUUUCACCUCGUACAUAUUACAUGCAAUAUUAUAAUAUAUGUGCACUGGUUUUUCGCUGUAUAAUGAGUCGUAAUGCCGUUUUUCCGAUACCGGUCGAACGAAAAUAUGAGUACUCAUCAUUGGGAUGGUCGGUAUUUCGGUGACCAAGCUCAACGCUUGGCAAAUUUGAAUAACUCUGCCUAUUGUACAUCAUGGAAGACUGGAUGGCAGCAUUAAAAGUUACAGCCAGCAGAGAUAUUUUAAAUCAGCCAAUCGGUGUGGAUUUAAAUGAUUUUCUGUCUGGAAAUCACUCAUGGCAUACUACAUCUCAUGCACGCCCAACAUAUUGCAAUAUCUGUCGAGAGCAGCUCUCAGGUGUUACAUCUCAUGGAUAUAGUUGUGAAGUAUGUAAGUGUAAAGUACAUAAAAGAUGCGUGGACAAGGCGAUCAGCAACUGCAAGUGGACUACAUUGGCUAGUGUUGGGAAAGACAUAAUUGAAGAUAAACAAGGGAAUAUUUUAAUGAUACACCAAUGGAUGGAAGGAAAUUUACCUGUUUCUUCCAAAUGUGCAGUCUGUGAUAAAACUUGUGGAUCAGUUUUAAGGCUUCAAGACUGGAGAUGUUUAUGGUGCAAAGCAACAGUACAUACUGCAUGUCGCCCUAAACAUACAAUUAAAUGUCCACUGGGAUCCAAUAGAUUAAGUGUUGUGCCACCUACAGCUAUACAUUCUGUUGGUAGUGAUGAUUCUUUAGAAGCAAUCCAACCCCAUGGAUGUUCUCCAUUAUUGGUAUUUGUCAAUUCUAAGUCUGGUGACAAUCAAGGUAUAAAAUUUCUUAGACGGUUCAAACAAAUAUUGAAUCCAGCACAAGUAUUUGAUCUCAUUGGUAAUGGCCCUGGACCCGGGUUAAGGUUGUUUAGACAUUUCAAUCCGUUCAGAGUAUUAGUAUGUAGUGGUGAUGGUUCUGUUGGUUGGGUACUUUCCGAAAUUGAUAGGCUAAACAUGCAGGUGCAGUGUCAUGUCGGUGUACUACCUUUAGGAACUGGUAAUGAUUUAGCAAGAGUAUUGGGUUGGGGCGCAUCUUGCGACGAUGAUGCUCAUUUACCCCAAAUAAUGGACAAAUAUGAACGAGCCAGUACCAAGAUCCUUGACAGAUGGAGUAUAAUGGUAUAUGAACGUAGCAUUGACAUUGGUAGUGGCACGAAACUCACAAUGAAUUCUGGGGUACAAGAGGGUAUUAGUUUAGAAUCAGCCAUAUCCACGUACUACAAUUAUAUUAUGUCUAAUUUGAACAUUAUUUUGCAAACUGAUGAACACGAAAUAAUUGUUAACACAGCCAAAGUGUUAUGUGGUACUAUCAAAGAUUUUAUUGUAUGCAUAUCAGAAAUUAGCAAUGUUAUCGGCAAUACUGAAUUCAAUGAUAUGCGCCAAGAUUUAAAGUAUAAAUUAGAUAAAUUUUUAAAACUUCUUCAAAAAGAAGAAUUUAAAAUAACAUAUCAGACCAAAAUCGAAACAGUACAUAAUAAUGAUUUAAAUGAAGAAAACAUGCAAAUUAAUAUUGAUAAAUUAACAAAUAACAACGAAAAAGAUACUGAAAAUAAAGCCAUCAAAAAAAUGUAUAAAAAGAAAUUACUUGAAAGAGCUAAUAGCCUUAAAAAAUCAGUUACAAAAUUAAUUGAACAUUCUGGCAAGACAACUUUUCCUUCUACUAUUUCAACUACACUUCCUACGUCACAACUGCUGUCACCAAGCAUCGAUAAUAAUUUGAACCUUCAACAGCUAACUCCUACAUCUAUUGCCAAUCCUAUAUCGAUUUCUCCUUUACCGAUGUUAAGAAGAGAAUCAUCGUGUUCAACAGAAUUAAAUAUUGAAUCAUUACCUGCACCUGUGGAAUUUUCUGAUUGCCGCCAGGAAAUAGUUUUGGAUGAUCAAAAUGCUGUGAUGUCUGAAGAAGAUACAAGUACAUAUCAAACUUCACAGUAUGAUGAUUUGAAUAGUUAUUGUCAAAUAUACGAAACUGAUAAAUUAAAAAAUGAAUAUAAAGAUCAAAUUUGUGAAUCACUAAAAACAUAUCCAGCAUUUAAAAUAAGCGAAGAAGAAUCUUUAGGGAAUAUUUGUCAUAUUGAUUCGUCUGAAGCAUCAGAUGAGAUACCAGAUAGCUAUAAAAUGUGUGACAAUAAGUGCCAAGCCUCUUCGUCUCGUUAUAGUUUUCGGCAAGCAUGUCGAGGACCAUUUUCACGUCAUCAGCCCAAAUUUAAUUUUGGUGUAAACGAGUGUAUGGAAUCUGAUGUAGAUGUAUCCAAUUUAAUAUCAUCAUCCCCAGAAGAUGAAGAAAGUGAUGACUUUCGUAAAGAGCUUAUAUUUGUAGAAAAUAGUUCUAAGAAGUGUAGUAUUGCACAUUUCAUUGAGGGAAAUGACAUUGCACGAAGAUCAAUUAAAUGUCGUCAUCUUAAUAAGACAUAUAGUGACAUGGAAGCUGAAAUUGAAUUAGGGUUUAAAAACAUAACUAAGGAACCAGAAAAAUGUAGUGUCAAUGUGGGCUUAGAAGUACCAAAUGAAUCAAAAUUUGAUCCGCAUAAAAAUGAAAUAAAUGUCAGAAUUCAAGGUUCUAAUUGUAAUUUAAGUACAAAUGGUGAUAAUUCAUACCUACUUCAAGAUACUAAACCAGUGAGUGAUGUUUUUGAUGCUGCUGCUGCUGCUGUUGAUGAUGAUGAUGAUGAUGAUGAUGAUGAUGAUGAAUUGCAUAGUUUCAAAGGAUUAAAAAGAAGUCAAACAAUGGCUGGUCCAGCUGUGGUAAUCAAUCCUCCUUCUCCCCAAAAUUUCUCUCCCAAUAAAUUGUGUGAUGUUGAAGAGUCACAUCUGGAUUGUAGAAGAAAUAGUUUUGAUAGUUGUCGGAGACUUUCUGCAGCGUCACCUAUCAUGUUGAAUGCUUCACCUUUGCGAUCUUCACAUAGAAUUUCUAGUAGUACAGCAUUAAAUAAUAGAAAUCCUUCACCUACACCAUGCUCAGUACAUAAUUAUACAUCGUUUAAACGUAAUAAACAUUUACCAAUCAUUAAUCCAUUGGUUACUUUACCUACUUGGCCUAAUGUAACAGAAUCAAGCUUAAUAAGUCAAGUGUUAUUGGCUAAUGCUGAUGCUCUGUGUGCUCCUGCUGUGCCUUUGAUGGACCCCGAUGAGACACUGCUAGAAGGAUUUUUUGAAAAAUGCAUUAUGAAUAAUUACUUUGGUAUUGGCAUAGAUGCCAAGAUCUCAUUAGAUUUUCACCAUAAACGGGAAGAACAUCCAGAAAAAUGUAGGUCACGGACUCGAAACUAUAUGUGGUAUGGAGUAUUAGGAAGCAAACAGUGGUUACAGAAAACCUAUAAAAAUUUGGAUCAAAGAGUUCAAUUAGAAUGUGAUGGACAAAGAAUUCCACUUCCUUCAUUACAAGGAAUUGUAAUACUUAAUAUUCCUAGUUUCAUGGGCGGUACUAAUUUUUGGGGUGGUACUAAAGAAGACAGAGUCUUUUUAGCUCCCAGUAUUGAUGAUAGAAUAUUAGAAGUAGUUGCUGUGUUUGGAACUAUCCAAAUGGCUGCAUCACGUUUAAUAAACUUACAACAUCAUCGCAUUGCCCAAUGUACUACUGUGCAAAUUAAUAUUAUGGGUGAUGAAGGGGUACCAAUACAAGUAGACGGUGAGGCAUGGGUACAGCCUCCUGGAAUGAUUCGUAUAAUUCACAAAAACAGAAUGAAAAUGUUAUGCAGAAAUAAGGCACUUGAAUUGUCACUAAAAUCAUGGGAAGAAAAACAAAAACAAAUUAAACAUCAAAGUAAACGCGCACACAGCCAAUCACUUUGCAGAUUUACUCCUUUAAGUCAAGAUGAAUGGACUAUUCUAAACGAAUUUUUAGAAGCCACAAAAAACUUAAUUGAGCUGAUUAGAGAAAUAUUACUUAAACAAAAAUUAUUUAAAGGAGAUGAUGUGAAAAAGUUAACAGAUAUUACUAAUGAUAACGUAAAAAAAAUCAGUAUCAUUGAACAUGAGACUAAGGAAAAAGAGUUACGAUCAGUAGCAACUGAUAUUGUAUUAAGUACAAAAUGUUUACAUGAAGAAACACUAACUAUGAUCAGAAAUGCAGGAAAUGUUUUUGAUGGAAAAUUUGUAGUUAAACUGUCGUUGGCAUUUAACAAACUUGAAAUUGAAUUUAAAAAAUGUCUAAUAUCAUCAAAAGAUUCUGAAGGAGAUUAUGAUUCAUCAUCAUGUUAUGUUUAUUUCCUCAACAAUACUUAUGAAUCGGAUAAGUUGUGCCGUAAAGGACAGUUUUGGCAAAAGUUAUGGAAAACUAAUGUAAUAUCAUCAAAACCACUCAGUCAAGAUAUAUCUAACUGGAGCAUAGUGGAGGUGGGAAUUUGGCUUGAAUCAGUCCAGUUGGGAGAAUACAUAGAAGUAUUUGCCAACAAUGAUAUUCGAGGCAAAGAAUUAUUGAACUUAUCACGACGUGACCUUAAAGAAAUUGGCAUGACUAAAGUAGGGCACUUAAAACGCAUACUUAUGGCUGUUAAAGAAUUAGGCACGAUCCAUGAAAAUCAUUAAAAUUAAUUGAGGUGAAGUAUUCAAUAUUUUAGCUAAAAUAUACAUUAUAUAAAUGUAUAUUUAUACAUAUAUAUUUUAUAGAAGCUUUUACAUUUUUUUUACAGAAUAUAUUAUUUAUUUUAUAUUAAAAUACUUUCUUAACAUACAGUGAAAGGUAGUUUCCAAUAUCUCAAAUCUUAUAUCUUGAGCUUAAUGAAGCUAAUUUAUAAACCUAAACACAAAAUAUUAAUUAGAAUAGUAAUCAAGAACAAAACCAUCUAUUUAAAUGAUGUUCCUAAGUUAUAAUACAUAUUAUUGCAUAUCUAAUAGGUAUACAACAUUAUUAUACAAUUCUAUUUAUGCAUAAUAUGUUGAUUUAUUUUAAUUUUUUUUUUUUUUAUGAAUACCUGUUAUAGAUUAACAUAAUUUGUUACUUUAUAUUGGUAUUAGGCAUGGAUAUAAUAAUGGGAACACAAGUUAUAGCCCUCAAAAUCCAUAAUCAUUAUAUUAGUAUUUGAGUACAUUCUUUUAACAUAAUUUUCAAUUUUCUAUUACAUUCAUUUUUAAUUAAUUAUUGAGUACAAAAAUUCAAUGAUAUAAUUUGUGGGAUACAAGGGCGUGCAUGUGCAUCUAUUAAAGGCAAGCAUAGUGAUUGGCUUUGAUAUCAUGCUACAUUGCUACUAGGUUAUUAGCAUCCUAUAGCAUAAUACAAAUUUACUUAUAAAAAUACUAUUAUUUACACAUAUACUCCAAAUUUAAUUCCUGGAUCUCUACCUGCCAUGUGUAUAAUCAGUAAGUGUCUGUCAAUAUUUUAAUGAUGGACAUUAUUAGUUUUAUGUUUAUGGGUAAAUUAUGUUAAAUUUAAAACAGGAAUGACAAAGAC